CGUGUGGAGUUUCGGUUAAAAAGUGUCCAUCCAGCAAAUCACGAUUGUAUUUAUUACUAUUGUGUAUCAUAAUGAAAGAUAGAUACUUCGGAUAGCUCUUCAAUUUAACCGAUAAUAUCUGAAAAUUUACACUGUAUUUCAGGUCAAGGAAAUAGUUUAGAUGGUUUGACAAUCGGAUUAUUAUUAAUUUAUUAAUCGAACGAGAGCCUGGUGGAUAAACCUUUUGUCAGGACAAGGAGAAAUGUUAUGGAAGGUUUUACAUUAGAAAAUUGAUUAAUAACAAACUAAAGAAUCGGAUCGUGGAACAAUAUACAAUGGAUCUUGUUUGUUGCAUACCCUUCUGCCGGAACACAAAGCCAGGUGCUGAUCCAAACGUUGGCUUCCAUCCGUUUCCACUAGAUCCACAGCUGCGAAAAGUUUGGAUGGAAUUUGUUAGCGUUGAUGCGUCUAAGUUUCGCUGGCGGGGAAAAUAUAUCUGCUCAGAACACUUUCUACACUCGGAACUGAUCGAGGAAAAUGAGGUAAAGAAAUUGUUGGAGGGAGCUGUUCCAAUGAUAUUCGCACCGGAAGGCGACGAUGAAGAUGAUGUUUUUGAACGUGAAGAUGUUAUGGUAACCAAUGAUUCAACAUCUUAUACCGCUCCUAGUUGCACGGAAACCAAUUUCAAUACGAUCGAUCAAGAGAUAGAGCUACGAACUUUAUUUUGUCGUAUUUGUCUAAGGAAGCGGUCCGAAUUGUUGCCGUUCAGCUCUAAACUACAUGAUGCUACGCUCACUGAGAUUAUCUUUACUAUUACUGGUCUGACGAUUCAAACGGAUAUAUUAGUUCCCACCAAAAUCUGCACUAGCUGUGUUGCCAAGUUAGAUCUUGCAUUCAGCGUAAGAAUAGAGCUGAUUCAUAAUGACAAGAAAUUAAAAAAUUUACUUAGAGCGCAUCAGUUGGAGAAUCACUACAAAUACUAUGACAAAAACAGUUUCGAAGCUAAUAGCGAGAACGAAAACUAUCUGGACAGUUUGAUGAUGACAGUGAAGAAAGACAUGUCUGUUCGGCCGAUAAAUAUUAAUUUCAUCAAUCCUGCGCCAUCGGGAAGAGUAAUUAAGGUGGUCGACUUUGCAGACGUUAAAAAGGAACUAGUCGAUCCGAUGAAGUUGGAUAUGCAACCAACAGUGACAGAGGAGACCUUCGAAGAGGAACAUUUGGUGGAAGAACAUGGUCUUGACAGUAUAUCAGAUACGAUGUCUGAAAAAGAAACGACUGCAGAGCCUAUUCAUGUACCUCAAGUGAAAAAGGAAGAUAGUCUGGUAGAACACGAGAAUACAAUUGAUUUUUUUGAACAGCAAGAUUCGGAAGAUGAAGAAAAUGGACCGAAGAAAAAGAAGUUUGUCUUCUCGUGGAAGGAAUUGUAUACACCAAAAGCAGCACCAAAACCAAAACGUAACAUUGAACAUAAACCAAAACCAGUGCUUAUCCCUCAUACAUGUUAUAUUUGUGAAAGUUCAUACAACGACGCCGAUGAACUGGACACGCACUUGGAGGUUCACGUUGAUAUCGUUCCAUUUACAUGCAAGGAAUGUAAUACGGAUGAAUAUCCUCAGGAGUUUAAAUCGCUGUACGGCCUCAACAAGCAUCUUCAGACACAUCUUUAUCCGUACAAGUGCAACUAUUGUCCGAUUCGGUGUAUCAACGGCGAUUCCUUUGCGCAGCAUAUAGAAAGUCAUGAAGGCGCCCUGGGAGAUGGCUUUACGUGCGAUUUCUGUGGAAGGCAUUUUACAAAUAAAAAGUCUCUAUCAACGCAUCUUUCCAAGCAUCGCGCCAUGGCGGAAGGAACAUUCACCUGCGAAUAUUGCAGCAAAAAGUUCAACUGCAAUCCGUUACUUAAACGACAUCUUCGCAUUCAUACUGGUGAAAAGCCGUUUGAGUGUAAAAAGUGCGGCAAACGAUUCAACCAUGAGGCCAAUUUCCAGAACCAUAAGCGUAGACACACCGGGGAGCGGGCUCAUCAUUGCACCGAGUGUGGCAAAAGUUUUGUCUGCGGUACCACACUUCGUUAUCAUAUGGCUAAUCACUUCCCAGGCGAUCCACGAUUCAGGAAUCAGGCAAGAAGUCAGAAAUCAAAUCUAACAGAUAACUCAACCAAAAACGCCAGAACCAACCGAGAGACAACAGAGAACAGAGAAUACAUAUGCGAUUUCCCAAACUGCGACUUUGUGAGUAAGGUUUACCGGGUAUAUUUCUACCAUAAGAUGAUGCAUCAGAAAAGGUUUCAAUGCGAAUUUUGCGAAAAGCGAUUCCCGUUCAGAUCGAGUCUCACUAGGCACACGAUGAUAAUGCAUGAGAACAAAGAACUUCUGAAAACCCAUCGUUGCACGUAUUGCUCGAAAAUGUUCGACUGUCGACAAAAGCUCAUAACCCAUAUCGACGCGCACGAGAACAAUCGGAGACACAAGUGUAGAUUUUGCGAAAAGAGUUUUGUGCAGAAGAAUAACUGCACCUCGCACGAAAAAAUCCACACAGGUGAACGGCCUCACGCGUGUCGGUUCUGUCCUGCUGCUUUUAUUUCGUCUUCGGGCAGAAACAAGCACGAAAAAACUCACCUGGAAGCACAUAUGAAUGAAAACGUUCCCAAAGUAUCUCUAAUCGAAAAUUUAGAAGAUCAAAUCGAACACUGCGUAGAUGUGCAACAAGACGAACAGACGGGAGAUAUGGUGGAGUAUACUCUUUAAAAGUUAUAAAGUACAUACGAAGGUGAGUUGAGUUCACCACAGGCGAAAAUAAAAAUAAUCGAAGCGUAUGGUUCAUUCACGAGUUUUCCAUCCCAUGCUAGUUAGCCUUGAUGUACACAGUAAACCCUGAUCCCACAUUCUGUUGACGAGCAUGACCUGUUUCAAUAAAGUUAGCGUGUAGUCAUUUA